AUGCCUUCGGACGGCGUGGGCUGCUGCGAAAUCAUUCUCGCGAUCUUCAUACCCCCCGUGGCCGUAUUUAUGCACCGUGGAUGUGGUGCUGAUCUUUUAAUCAACCUGUGUCUACUAUGUCUUGCAUGGCUGCCGGGUGUGAUCCACGCUUUUUAUGUGUUGCUCCAUUGA